CCCCGGGCCCGGGCAGAGGCGGCCGCGGAGCCAAUGGGCGGCCGUGACAUGGAGGGAGCCGCGGGCGGGGCGGACCCGCACAGGGCAGAGGUGGAUCAUCCCGCUGCCCAUCCCGCAUCUCCCGGUCGCGGCGGCCGCAGGCAUGGAGCCCUCGCAGGUUGCCAUCAUCGGCAGUGGACUCAUUGGUCGCAGCUGGGCCAUGGUGUUUGCUGCUGGAGGCUUCAAAGUGAAACUUUAUGAUAUUGCACAAGAGCAGCUAACAACUGCACUGGAAAAUAUUAGCAAACAAAUGAAAGAGAUGGAGAAGUUGGGAGUCCUGAAAGGAGCUUUGAGUGCGGAGCAGCAGUUGGCUCUCAUUAGCGUUUGUACAGACCUGAAGGCAGCAGUAGAGGGUGCUACUUUCAUUCAGGAAUGUACUCCAGAGAAUCUGGAACUGAAAAAGAAGAUUUUUGGUCAGUUGGAUCUUACUGUGGGUAACAGUGUUAUCUUAAGCAGCUCGACCUCUUGUCUCUUACCCAGCAAAUUGUUCACUGGCCUUAAACAUGUUAAGCAGUGCAUCGUGUCACAUCCUGUAAAUCCACCUUACUUUGUGCCUUUGGUUGAAAUUGUUCCUCAUCCAGAAACAGACCCUUCUACAACAGAGAGAACAUAUGCCCUGAUGAAGAAGAUUGGUCAGUCUCCUGUCAAACUAAACAGAGAAAUCGAGGGGUUUGUUCUGAAUCGACUACAGUAUGCAGUGAUAAGUGAAGCUUGGAGACUUGUGGGUGAAGGAGUAAUAUCUCCUACUGAUCUAGACCUUGUGAUGUCUGAUGGAUUGGGAAUGCGAUACGCAUUUAUUGGACCUCUGGAAACUAUGCAUCUUAACGCAGAAGGUGUUUCAAGUUAUUGUGAAAGAUAUGCUGAAGGAAUGAAACUUGUUCUGAACACCUUUGGGCCAGUUCCAGAAUUUUCAGGUGAAACUGUGCAGAAAGUCAAUCAGGCACUGUCUGAAAAAAUUCCAGUUGUUCCAAAAGUCCUGGAUGCCAGGAGAAAAUGGAGAGAUGAAUGUCUCACCGGUCUUGCCAAACUGAAAACACAAAUGAAAUCUGACUGAGAUGCACCUUGUCUAACAGGAGAGACCAAAUGAAGAGCAGAUCUUCAAAAAAGCAGAAAUUUUUAGUCAUGCAGAAGAGGAGGCUGAAUGGGCAACCAAUGAUAUAUGCACAUGGAGACCAAUGAAACAUUUGGUCCAAAUUUGCCAAAUUCAUGAAUGACUAGAAACAGUUAUUACAAAGUUCAGUUAAAAUUUAUCAAAUUGCUAUGCAAAUGCAUUAGAUGUGUAAGUGUUAAGUAGCUUUAGCAACAUUAAUAUUGUGCAAUGCAGGAACACAAUCACAUUUUAAAUAAUGCAUUUUUCAACUUGCUUAGGAACUCAGCACUUGAACCAUAUCUGCUAACACAUGGAUCUGAAACAGGCAAACAUCAGCUGUUUGUCACUGGAGAAAAUGAGCCCUCCCCUGCCAGUCGCUGUGACAGUGAGGUUAAUUUGUAAAGCAGUGACUGCGGAUAGGAGAAGGUUGUAUUGAGCAAAGUGGAUUCACUGGACGGUGAGCUGAGACCUCAGCAGCAGUUAAGGGUCACUUCAGUUUGUAUCUAUUACUGUUUCACAAUGUAGGGAAAAGAACUGCUCCUCCUUUCCCUCCUCUUGGCACUUCUGUACCUGUAUGGUGAUCUAAAUGUGAGUAAAUACCGCAGAAUUCCCCCUUCAUCCCUUCCCCCUGGUUCUGUAAAACUUACCAGAGACCUACUUUGUCUUCAAGACAGUGCACUUGAGAACCCAUGGCUUUGCUCGCCGAUGUUUGAUGCUGGCUGUUGGCAUUGCUGCAUAAGUAUGUGACUGAUUUUAUGAGUUGUCUGGAAGAAAUAAGAGAUCUGGAUUUAGUAGCUGGUUUGGGAGACAGUGUGGUGUAGUGCAUCUGUCUGGGCUUUCUCCAUGACCUUCCAGAUGAUUUUGGGAAACCAGUUCACCUCUCUGCUGCCACAUCUGUUUUAUACAUUGGUUGAAGCAAGAUCUGCUUCUUUAGGACCCAGCUGUAGUGAAUGUAACAGCUGUAGCUGAGGGAACCCAGAUAUCUGAGUUGGAACUAGAUGAUCUUUAAGGUCCCUUCCAACCCAAGCCAUUUGAUGAUUCUAUUAUCUGCUCUUCUGGUCCCCUGCAGAGGGAAAGAUCCAGUGGCUUAGAUGUAGCAUUUAUGCUUUACUGCUGCCCUUUCCUCAGGAGGUACAACAUCUCCACAUAGAAAAACACAGCAUACACCUGGAAGUAGGAUCAACCUCAGGUGCUGCAGUGGCAUGUUUUGGUCCACUGCAAGGUAUUAUUAUGAACAUCUGUACUCUGUAAUAUAGUUGGACUUUGAUCUUAGAUGGAACCUUGGGGCAUUACUGUUAAUGCAGAUAGCAGGAAUAACUUGAAACAAUGCAUUGCACCCGCUCUGCUUGAGUUACGCAGUUCUGAAUUUGUGCUAGCUUGUCAUGUAACUUCACAGUACAGAUGCAGAAGCUUUAAGCUGUCAUUCUGCUAAUUCUCCUGUGUUUUUUAUAGAGGAUGCAGUACACAAGCUGUUCUUAUUAAAGCCGUAACUUUGCUAGUUACCGUUUUGUGCUUAGCAGAAAUGACUGCAUGAACAUACCAAACCCACUUAUUUGUGUUUAGGACACAGUAAAAGAGACGUAAGAUAAUUUGUAUUGCUGGACACAAGUGGUGGGCCAAGAACACAUCUCUGGAUGUAAAACACAGGAUGGGAGGCAUAGUGCAGAGGUUGUCCUGUGCUUCUUUAUAAUCAGUGGAGUCAACAGGAAAUUUGUAAGCUCAAAUUAUUACUUUAUCCCAAUACAGACUUAAAAUGUUCAUGUUUCUUCUCUUGUUUUUUAUUGCCACAGUGACUGGCUCAACCUGCAUUUAGAUUUUUGAGAAGUCAGUCCUCACUCCUGAGGCCUUACUAAGCAAUAGUAAAUUAAUUAUGAGGUUGAUUUCCUCAUUUUGUGUAUGGUUUUCCAUUUCAGACAAGGCUGAAGAUGGUUCUGAUUACUUUCAAGAUUUGACCUGCUUUUCUUGUGGGCAUAUGACAUUGUCAUAACUAAUUAGCUUGCAGUGCUUCUGUUUACUCUGAGAUUUUUAAAAACUUGAUCAUGUAAUGAAAUAUUUGCUGCUGGCUUUAUUAUUUGCUUAUUAAUAAAAUAUUUUAAUGAGGAAGGUA